AUGACAGGCCAAAUUUUGAUUAAUCGUAAGGGAAAUAAGAAUGGAUUUGAUCGAUUUUGGAAUGAAGAGAAAAGUACUCCUCCAAAUAAAGAAAUAAAUGUGAUAAAAUUAUCAUCAGUACUAAACG